UGUUGUUUUUAGACGGAUUUAAUAAAGUCGAAGAUCUUAUCUCUCACGUGACUUGAUCUGAUAAGACGCCCUUGUCUUCCUAUCAAAAAGACGAAAAGACGAAAAGAAGCAAAAAGGACGAAGAAAAGAUUAAAGACCCGGGAUCCAGCAGUUCAGACAAAAGAUUAACUCACCUAUAGCGCGAUUGAAGAGAUAGUCAGGGAGACGCCUGCCGUCAAAACCGACAGAGAGAUGAACAAUGCCGCCACGAUAGCAUGGCGGACUCCAUGCCGAUGGAUUCAUGCUUAUUCUCGAACUUCCUCGGCCAGAUCCUCCCUUCUAGACCAGCUACACCUCAUAUACCCCUCGUCAAUAAGACCGCGAAGCGCAUUACGAUGUUUAUCCAGCAAAACGCCAACCUCACGCAAAGCCAGCCAGAGGGCUCCCGGCUCUCAAACUCGUGAAAUCACAGCUGCUUUCCCUGAGCGAGACCUGCCAGCACCGCAGAUUGCCCAGAUAUUUGGCACUGCCACCCUACCUGCGAAACUGGGCAACCAGAUCCUCCGAGCGUUACAGGACCAGCGAGUAUCAGGCACACUUGAUCUACCCCUACCAGACGAGAUCACCCGUGUUGUACCUCCGCACAUCAUCGAUGCCGGUCUAGCGUGGCUGCGAAGCAAGCAUCCCAUGGACGAAGACGCCGCUAUCUUGGCGAGAAUCGAACGAGAAGAGCAGGAGGAGGAAGAGCAGCUGAUACGCCGGGCAGAGGAACUGGGCCUGUACAAGCCACAGAGCGGGAAGUUUGGAUCUAGCACCACCAAGGAAGGAGAUGUGUAUGGGAGCAGUGUCCUCGAUGAAGUCCGGAAGAAGAAUAUAAAAGAGAGCAAGCAGAUGGAAGAAAAACAAAGACAAGACUGGCUCGACGGUGAAGCGAAGCGGAUUGAACAGCUUCAGGCUCGGGCAGAGAAACUCAAGGGCAUACAAAAGUAUGAGUCGCAGGAGCUUACAGAGGGUGAGUAUAAUACAUCCUUUUUGAAGCUAUAUAGCCCUGUUAACAUCCAUCCAGCACGCCCACGAGCUGAUCCCGAACAACGGCCUGCACUAGCCUGGAUUCAACAGCAGCAUGUCAAAGCAACUUCAACAACCGAUGCCUCGAAACUUACAACUGCUGGCCGUCUCUUACCAUCCCUUGCAGUCGUUGCUCUAACCCUUGGGCUCUGCUACGUCUUCUCUGAAUCCUACGAAGCUCCGCUCCAUAACCAGCGAAUGUGGCCUGAUAUCCAGCCUGCAGCAGCCACGUUGACAGCCAUAGUAGGCCUAAAUGCAGGCGUAUUCCUGCUCUGGAAGUUCCCACCAGCCUGGAGAUUGCUGAACAAAUAUUUUAUCAAUGUUCCCUACUACCCAUACGCUGCCAGUGUGGUUGGAAGCGUCUUCAGCCAUCAGCAGCUUCGUCAUCUUGGGUCAAAUAUGUUUAUUCUAUGGUUCGUCGGGAAGAAACGUAAGUACGCCUAGUAUUGUUCCGGAUUAUAUCCAAUCCACUAACUUGGAUAGUACACGAUGACAUUGGCCGAGGAGAUUUUGUAGCCGUGUAUUUAUCCGCCGGUGCCUUUGCGACGUUCUCUUCAUUUGCCAUCCGAGUUUUGUCAAAUACGCUGACUGUCUCGUCAUUGGGAGCAAGUGGCGCCAUAUCCGGCGUCGUUGCAAUGUGGUGUAUUCUUCACUCCAAGUAAGUCAAUAGGCUCAAACGCAUCAGUGAAAUAGCAUCAUUCCAAUCUAACAUUGGCGUAGUGAGAGACUCACGAUUGCAUUCCUUCCGCGUGAAUGGCAGGAGAAGAUAUCUGCUUCAGGAUCGACAUUCCUGUGUGCUAUCAUACUUGGAGAGCUACUGAAUUUCAUACCGGCCUUCCGCUUUUUUGCAGUGGAUUUGUGGUCUCAUCUAGCAGGAUAUGGUGCUGGCAUAGUUCUUGGGUUACUGUGGAAGGAGAAGAAAGAACGUGAGCGGAGGAGAAAUCCUCCGAGUUGGCUGAAGUCAUUUGGACUCUGAUGAACAUGUACAUAAGUGUAAUAUACCUCAUUCAAUGAAGCUGUUGUAUUCUCUGCCGAUAAGUAGGGUGGAAAAUAGUAUCACUGCUAGUACAUACAAAAACAAGGUAAACAUAACAUAAUAACAGCAUGGACAGGGACUGAUGAUUAGUCCAGCUGGUACCCGAAGGAGAAGCUGGAUCGCUGCGUAUGUGCAGGUCAAUAGGGGAAAUAAAACAUAACACGUUACAGAUAGGAAUGGAAAUUAUGAUAACACGGGGGUAUUUCUCUUCUACCCGGAAAGCCGAACGUUAGUUAACGAGUCGUAUCGCUAUCGUUCAUGUCAAGGUUUUACGCCGAAGGAGCAGCCUGC